CACAGAUGCACAAACUUUCCAGAAUUGCAAGAAAAUGGCUGGAACUGGGACCAGCUGCUGCCAUACCUGCUGUUCGCCGUGAGAGAGGUACCCCAAUCUUCUACUGGCUUCUCGCCUUUUGAACUUUUGUUGUCUUACAGACCCAGAGGACUACUGGACAUUGCGAAGGAGGCUUGGGAAGAGCAACCCUGCAGGCAGAGGACCCUAAUCGAACAUGUCGGCGCCAUGAAGGACAGAAUGAGGGCCAUUUACCCGAUAGUUCGGGAACACAUGGAAACUGCUCAACGGCAACAGCAGGCCUCCUACAAUCGACCUACCCAACCAAGAGAGUUCAAGCCAGGGGACAGAGUGCUCGUCCUAGUCCCGACUGUCGAGUGUAAGUUCCUGGCAAGCUGGCAAGGACCGUAUGAGGUCAUCGAGCGAGUAGGAGAGGUAAAUUAUAAGGUGAGACAGCCUGAUAAAAGAAAAACAGAGCAAAUUUAUCACGUUAACCUCUUGAAACAAUGGCACGCCAGGGAGGCGUUAUUCUGUUGUCUGCCCCAAACAGAGUCCAAAGCACCCGCCAGAGAAGAGGUUCAAGUGGGACCAGGUCUGUCCCCACAUCAGCGGCAGAGAACACUAGAGCUAGUGGACCGCAACAGAGAUGUCUUCUCCUCACUCCCGGGACACACAGAGGUGGUCCAACACGAGAUCCGGACCGUGCCUGGCCGCACAGUGACUCAGCGUCCAUACCGGGUGCCGGAAGCACGCAGGGUGGCCAUCGAGCAGGAGGUGGAAAAGAUGCUAGAGCUGGGAGUCAUUGAAAACUCCAAAAGUGCCUGGGCAAGCCCCAUCGUCCUGGUCCCCAAACCAGACGGGUUACUGGCAGGUGCCCCUGUCCCCCGCAUCGAAGGAGAAGACCGCGUUUGCCACACCAGAAGGGCUCUACCAAUACACACGGCUCCCGUUUGGUCUGCACGGGGCACCGGCCACGUUCCAGCGCUUGAUGGACCGGGUCCUUGCUCCCCACAAAAGGUAUGCGGCUGCAUUUUUAGAUGACGUUGUGAUUCAAAGCCCAGACUGGGAAAGUCAUUUACCCCGUGUACAAGCUGUGCUUGAUUCCCUUAGAGAUGCAGGUCUCACAGCAAAUCCAAAAAAAUGCAGGCUGGCCUUCAGCGAAACGAAUUACCUGGGCUACACUGUUGGCCGAGGACUGGUCAAGCCACAGCAAGCGAAGCUGCAGGCCAUACGGGAUUGGCCACGGCCUCUCACAAAGAAGCAGGUGAGGUCUUUUCUGGGACUAGCCGGCUAUUACCGCCGUUUCAUUGCAAAUUUUGCCUCCAUUGCUGCACCUCUGACAGAUCUAACAACCAAGCGACACUCCAGAAUGGUGAAAUGGAACCCCGCUGCAGAGACCGCCUUCAUCAACCUGAAGCAGGCCCUCUGUUCCAGUCCAGUUCUGGUGGCACCAGAUUUCCAGAGGGAGUUUGUUGUU